CUUUCCAAGAAAUAUGGGUCUGUGUUUACAGUUUAUUUUGGACCAAAAAAAGUGGUUGUCCUAGCCGGGUACAGGACAGUCAGAGAGGCUCUGGUCGGCUAUGCAGACGAGUUUGGAGAAAGAGAAAUCGCACCAAUAUUUGCAGAUGUAACAAAACAUUGUGGAAUUCUGUUUUCAAAUGGAGAAACAUGGAAAGAGAUGCGUCGUUUUGCCAUCAACACUCUCAAAGACUUUGGGAUGAGGAAGAGAGUUGCAGAGGAGAAAAUCUUAGAGGAGUGUGGACACCUCAUUCAAGUGUUUGAGAGUUAUAAAGGGAAACCAUUUAACACAUCCCAUCCAACAAAUAAUGCAACAUCCAACAUCAUCUCCUCCAUUGUGUUCGGAAGCAGAUUUGAAUACGAUGAUCCUCGAUUCAGAGACUUGGUUAGUCGAGUCACUGAGAAUAUUAAGAUAUCUGGCUCAGCAGAAAUCCAGCUCUACAAUACAUUUCCCAGGCUGGUCAGAUGGAUAAAAAGCCGUCAGGUUAUGCUAAAAAACGCUGAAAUGACAGUCAGAGAUGUGAAGGAUUUAAUGCAGAAAUUGAAGGYGACACUAAACCCUCAGACAUGCAGAGGACUGGUGGACUGUUUUCUGAUUCGAAAGCAGAAAGAAGAGGACUCUUGUGUCAAAGACACUCAGUUCACUGAGGAGAAUCUGAUAUUUACAGUGGUAAACCUGUUUGCUGCUGGAACCGACACC